GGGUAGGAAACAGAGCUCAGUAUCGGAACGUUUCCGGCAACGAGGCGUGUUUAUUGGAGCGCCUCACAUAUUUCCUCGUCGGAGUACUAUUGUGGCUUAUCAGAGUGACUGGCUUCUCCUCUAGUGUCUUAUGACACUAUAAAUGAUUACCUAGUCAUGCAAUGGCUUUUGGAGAAUUACCUAAAGAGGACUGGUAUAGCAUUCUGAAUGCAGAGCCAUCAGAUAGCCUGACAGAAUUGAAAAGGAAAUAUCAAAAGCUGGUAUUAUUGUAUCAUCCAGACAAACAGAGCGCAGAUGUGCCAGCAGGAGAAGUGGAGGCGCGCAUGCAGAGGUUCAUCGAAAUUGAUCGAGCGUGGAAAAUUCUAGGGAACGAAGAGACAAAAAAAGAGUAUGACCUGCAGCGGCGUGAACAUGAAUUAACACAAGUGUUGCCAGUGGAUGCUCAAGUUUCCCUUCAAGAUAUGGCCUGGAAUUGCAAUGAUCAGUCUUAUUCUCUCAUCUGUCGAUGUGGUGGGAAUUAUACUAUCUCCAAAAGUGAAGCUGAAGAUGUUUCUCUAGUAUGCUGUGACACUUGUUCGUUAGUUACAGAGAUUCUUCGAUGAUCCAACAAUAUUUGAUUCAAGAUGUCAAAAAGGCAAAGGAAGCAUCUGCUUGGAUAGACAAUAAGAAUAAAUAUAGUGAUGCGAUCUGAAGAGAAACCAGAGUAAUGAAUUUAGCAGUAAAAACAUGGACAUGUAAGAACAGCCAGGAGUGUUGAGGUGGGGGUGCAAAGAUGCUAUCUGCAAACUUGCUCCUUUUGUAGGUGGUUGGAUCCAAUUUACAUUAUUGAGGUAGAAGACUUCUUGCUUAGCAGUGCUCCUUUACCACAAUGAGGGAGUGUGUCAUAUACAAGUUUACAGUGGCUUCCACUCAUUGCUAUAUAGUCGUCUAAGCAUUUGUCUACCUGGGGCCAUGGUAGUUAAAAACAGUCCCUCCUCUACAACUGUACAUGACUUUGUUCUUUUCAGGGCAGUUAUUUAAUUUAACUUUAGAUAAAUGAAAAGCAAUGUGAUUCUGAGAUUUAAACAAAUAUACGAUUUGUGAACAGCUACUGGGAUAACCUCUUAUCUUUGUAAAUAUGUGUGUAUGUGUGUGUGACCCAAGAUUGUUAGAAGGAUUUAUAUGUGGGGUAAAUGAAAAGAGUGCUGUAUAGUUUUAAACAAGUUGCAUCUUAACUGCACAAUUUUUAUUGUAUAUAAAGUAUCUUUAUGGAGGGUGUUUUUAAGGCUGUAGGAGAACUCAGAUGAGCAUAAUUCAUUCAGUCCUUACAAAUCCUAUUACUAUUGGGGCUUGCACGUAGAAGUCCAAAAUCAGUCAGAGGCCACAGCUGUAAAAAAAAAAAGUUAGAUUACUUUC